ACCUUUGCACCAGAGGUGGGGAGGCCAAAUCAGGUCACUCCUUGCUAGGAGACUGCUGCUAUGUGGGCAUUUUAGGUAAACGUAAGUACCAUUUUUCUAGACUGGCGAGUUACAAACCUCAUUCGGUUUAACAUUCAAACUUGAAUGCAGUCAACUCCUCCUCAGCUGCUGAGAGUUUAUUUGCUUCCUGCUCUGAAGAGGUGAGAGAAGGAAGCUAGAGACAGUAUGGGGUACUGUGAGCCUUUAAGAACUGGGACUGAGGAUGGGGACUGUGGUUGGUGGGGGUGAUGAGGGGCCAGAAUCAGCAGUUGCUGCACAGAGGAGACAGACCUGGGCUAGUUCUGCUGCUGCUUGCUGGGAGCUGUCAGAUGAGUCAUCUAAUUCUCUGAGACUCUGCUCCUCCUGUAAAGAGGGCCUUAAAGAAAGCUAACUACAUACUUUCUGUGAGGAUUAAAUGAGAUAAUAUAGCUGAAAUUAUUUUAUAAAUGGUAAAACACUGUACAAAUGUUAAGUUAUUAUGAACUUGGGGCUUCUCUGCAUCAAGUUGCCCCAGUUCUCAUCCUGAACUAGGAAUUAGAAGCCCUAGAUUCUGCCACUGUGGCUUAAUCUCUCUGAACCUCAGUUAUCCAUCCUAUGGAAGGGACCUGAAAUGGGCCUGUGGCUGGGGAGCUUCAACAGGACAACAGAUUUCAUGCAUGGCGAGGGAUUAGUACUGACAUCAUUCUUAUCCUUCCUCCAGGGCCAGGGACUUGGGCAGAGUCUCCACACCAGUCAGCAGCUCUUCACCAUCUGCACUUCUCCGUGGGGAGGGAGCUCCAGGGUCUGCUUCCUGGACCAGCUGCCUCUGAUCUGCCUACACCUCAGGAAGAACAUCACAAGGGCACUAUCUGGGGCUCAGUCUACAGUCUGUCUCUGGGCCUGGAAGCUGCCCAACCCCUGAGACCUGCUCACAUCCUAGCAAUGCCCUCAGGAGCCUUGGCCCAGCUGGAUGAGGUCAUUCCCUAGCAGGACCCAAUCUUGCCUCCUACCGAGAGUUCCACGCUGCCCCUCAUCACCUCCCAUGUCUGGCUGCCUGGGCAGAAGAUAUAAUGUCUGUGCCCCCGAUCCAAAUAGAAGAAGUGGGUGAAGAGGAAGGGCCAGCAGGAGCAGCCCUGCCUCCAGAUGACCACCUCCAGAGCCUGAAGGUCCUCACUGAGAAACUGAGGCUUGAGACGCGCAGGCCCUCCUACCUAGAGUGGCAGGCCAAGCUGGAGGAACAGACAUGGACCUUCCCCAGGCCAACUUCCCAGCAGGAGACCAGCCUGGAGCAAAGGCAGUGUGGGGAGGAGUCCUUGCUCACCCGGAGGGAGCCCAGGCAGCAUCCCUCACCUAAUGGGAGAGCCAGCCGGCACCAGGGGCCCUUUACCACCGGCAAGCUGGAAGGUUUUGAAAGUAUUGAUGCAGCUAUAACCUGGCUCAAGAAGGAACUGACAGAGAUGCAGCUGCAGGACCAGCAAUUGGCGAGACAGCUCAUGCGCCUGCGCAGUGACAUCAAUAAACUGAAGAUUGAACAGACCUGCCACCUUCACAGGAGAAUGCUGAAUGAUGCCACCUAUGAACUGGAGGAACGGGAUGAGCUGUCCGAUCUCUCCUGUGACUCCCCUCUUGCCUCCCCCUUCAGUCUCUCCACUCCACUCAAGCUCAUUGGCGUCACCAAGAUGAACAUCAACUCCCGAAGAUUCUCUCUCUGCUGAGAAGCUCUAGAAGGAGGCAAAGGAGCCAGAGCAGGGGUUUAGAGAUGGGGGGAUUACUUGGUAAGGAAGUUGAGGCAGAGUUACCCUGAGUAGGUCUCCCCAGAGGCAGGGCACCCACAGAACAAACCUGCAGCAUUUCCCUGCAGCUGGUGAAUCAUCGAAGGGGCUCUCUCAGGGGCCCAGCUGGGGAAUCUCAGCAUCCUCACGACUGACUCUUCAUUUAAUAUCCAAAGAUGCUGCAGAAGGGCCAUUCCAACCAAAUGGGAAAUGAGAACUAGGUUCCCAACAUGAUCUAUCACAGUCCUCCCCUCAGUGCGCCACGGUCCUGUUCUCAGAAUCACUGGUGCUAUGAACCGGGAUCCCACAGGGAGGGUCCCCCACAGGAUGUUAUACUUGAAGAAGGCUCCCCCAAUGACACUGAGCCCCCAGGAGGGAAGGUGAUUAGAUAUGUUAAAUGUGCCCAUCAUCAUGUUGCUGUCCUCUAAGUACUGGCUCAAAUUCACCCUAAAUAGAUGACUCAACAACUUUGACAGGGACCCACUAGGGAAGGAAAACCAAAAGGAAUAGCAUCGUGAAGCUUGGGAAUGCAGACUUCAUGGCCCAGCAACCAGUGCCCCAGGAGAGCACAUGGUCCAGGCAGCUGUCGGCCUUUGACCUUGGCUCUACGAGGCCAUGCACAUUGUUUUGAAGUAUGCCAGUAUGUGUGACAGGCACACACAAGUGUAGUUUGGGAAAAACAAGCAUAGACCCCUGUUUUGCUGUGAGCACAUAUACCAAUCAGAAUCUCCAAAGAGCCCCUUUGCUUCCACUCCAUAACCUCACGGACUGCCUAGGAGACCCUUGGUGACUGAACCAGGCAGAACUGUAAAAGGAUUUCCCAUAAUUCUCCUGUUGGGAGAUGGUGUCACCUACAUGACCUUUUUCCCUCCCCAGAAAGACAAUCAAGGGAGGCCACAGCUUGUCUUGAGUCUCCUCUGAGAUUCUGUGUCUGACCUAACAAUUGACUUUAAUUGAACCAGACUGUUACUAAUCUGCUGCUAACUUGUAAAUAACUGCUUUUUUUCCCCAAAUGAGGAAACCAAUUGGGUAGGUCAAAUAUGAGGUUUAGGAUUUGAUUUUAAGAGAGUCUCCCUAACAACAAAUUGAAAACUGAAACCUCAACAGAUUAGGAAAAUUAAGCUGAUAUAACACCAUAUGGCAGGAUGUUCCUCUUCCAACCUAGUAUGAUCAUAAAAUCCAUGGAGUUUUGACCUUUGAUGUCAUCUAGUCUUGCCCUCUCAUCAUAAAGGACUAAACUGAAACCCAGAGAGAGAAAAUGACUUCCAUUAGGCUACACAGCUAUUUAGCAGCUAUAGAACAUUGAAGUAUUUAAUCAUUAACAAUAAUGCCUGAGCUUGAACUCCGAAGAUGACCCGAAUGCUUUGCCAAACCCUCAAACUGCCAAACCUUCUAACUCUCCACCUCACUCAGCUAUCCCCCUCCCCCACUCCCCCACACUGGAAUUCAGAGUAUUGAGGUCAAGCUGAGAGCAAUGCCUAGACAGUGGACCAACAGGACAUGUAGUGGACCUACAGGACGUGCAUCACUAUCCCAUAGUUCAAGUACAGGGUCCUGCAGCUCUACCUUCAUAUUUAGCCUUCCUGUAUGAUCUCAUUCAUGUGUACACACACACAAAGAAACACACAGAGGGGAAAAAUUGGUUUUCUUUUGUGGGCUGGGAGUGGGAGGAUGCAAAUCGACAGUCCCUAGUUAGACAGAAGGGAACGGUGGUCACUUCCUUGUGAUUUCUAAGAGUGUUUAUGCUCCCUUCAAAAAAGGUCAAACAACAUAGCCAUUUGUUUCCCAGCCCUAAUCUGAGCAAUGAGGAAAGUCAGAGGCCCAGAGGAUUCAGUAAAGAGGAUCUCAGUGGAGAGCCAGGCCUCCUCCAGGCCUGUUCUCCCUCAUGCAGAAAGGGAGGGAGAGUUAUUUGCACUAAGUGAAGUCUUUCCUUAGGGAUUAGGUACAAGCACUGCCAAGUCUGAAAGAAGUACUCUUGCCAGAAUUUAAGAAUGUGCCUUUGAGGUAGUGGGGUAUCCACCCUAGCCUGCAUACUCUUACCCACUGUCAUCGAAAAGAACACACACAUCAAUAUACUUCAACUCAUACAGUAAAGCCCGUUGCAUAUUCUAAAAUUGAACCAAUCUUUUAAUUUUAGAAAUUAGUUAUUAUAGUAACUGGAAAAAAAAAAAAAGGAUUCAACUAAAGAUGAGUAAUUCACUUGCUCAGUUAGCCUAAUGUUUUCUUCCUUUCUUUGUUUUUAGAGAGGAAAUUAACAUCAAGACACAAUUAUUUGGAUAGGUUAGCUACCUCAGCUCUUUUGUUUAGUACCACCCAAGUGAAUUUUAUUUGGGAUAAGGAGGGAAAGAUAAGUUGGUCAGAAGAGAAAAGGAGGGGGAAAGACAGCUAAGUUUUCUUACUCACAGUCCAGUGCCUGUUAGUGCCCUUACUUUCCACAUGGAAUACAAACAACUAACCAAGUUAAUUCAACUUUGGGAAGUCACUGUUUUGUGUGGGCAGAUAGAUGUCUAUGGGUCUCAGCAAUGUUGGCUUAACCUUCUUUGCCAAAUUCCCAAGUCAAUUUUCUGGCUUACUAUGUGUAUACUAUAUUGUUUGUAGUUGUACUCAUUAUUCAUCUUUCUGCCAUUCCCAAGUAUCCCCUGGGUGUACACCAUGAAGUCUCUAUUGGCAUUUUUGUGUGUGGUGAUGUCUAAUGCCUUCAUGAGUUCAGUAGCAACCACAAAGUCCUGGAGCCUGGGCAGGCUUGACAGUGGUAUUACCUAGCCUAAGGCCUGCUCCCUAAUAUCAUUAGCAAUACCAAGUGCUAUUACAUACUUGAUGGACAAUUUAAAAUUUUAUUUUUAUGAUCUUUUUUUCUAUGUUGCUGUUAGAAAAAGUGAAAUAAAAAAUUUCAAAAGGAGAUAUUCAUAUAAAGAGGAAAAAUCUGCAUUAUUUUAAUUUGUCUCUGCCUUAGCACACA